ACUGAAUGCAGUACACUGAGACAAGAAAGCUCAGCUAUUAUAUUCUACAGUGGGAUAGUAUAGAUCGAUCCUUCUCCUCUUCUUCUCCAUUUUUGUUUCUCUAGAUCUCCCCAGUCACUCGAAAUUAACAAGCACGCACUGGAUCCGCAGUUCCAUAUAGAUGAAGCUUUUGCAGUUGGGCUUACUAAUUGCUUUAGCCUCUGGUUUCACAGCCAUUAUCAUCUACAUCACCGGUGUCUCCAAUUUCUACAACUCUAAUCCGCUAACUGAUGAGGAUUUGGAGGCUUUGCUGUCUCUCCAUAGUGGUUUCCGGAAGUGUGUGAGAGCAAAUGGUUUGGGUCUACAAGCUGUAAGUGGCAGAGAUUAUUGUCAGGUUACCAUAAAGUUUCCUAGUGAUACUGUCCCGAAAUGGAGAGAUCCUAAAACUGGAGAACUUGAAGGAUUAUCAUUUGAUUUUAAUCUAUGUGAAGCUGUGGCUACAUGGGAACAGGUGCGGAAUAGUAGCACAGUGCUCACUCGAGAGUUUAUUGAUGCUUUACCAAAUGGCUGGGAAGAAUAUGCAUGGCGUAGGAUUAAUAAAGGAGUACUUCUCAACCGCUGUCAGAAUAAAUCUUUGUGUGUUGAAAAGCUCUCAUUGGUACUGCCUGAAAUACCUCCAUAUUAUCCUCGGCAGUUUGGCCAAUGUGCUGUUAUUGGUAACUCUGGAGAUCUUUUGAGAACUAAGUUUGGGAAGGAGAUAGAUAGUUAUGAUGCUGUUGUUAGAGAAAAUGGUGCUCCGAUCCAGAAUUAUACAGACCAUGUGGGAAAAAAAAGCACAUUUCGACUUCUUAACAGGGGAUCUGCCAAAGCCCUUGAUAAAGUUGUAGAGUUGGAUGAAACACAGAAGGAGGUAUUGGUAAUUAAAACGACUAUUCAUGACAUCAUGAACAAGAUGAUUCGGGAAAUUCCAAUAAAGAAUCAUGUAUAUCUAAUGCUAGGUGCAUCAUUUGGUUCGGCAGCAAAAGGAACUGGGCUCAAGGCGCUUGAAUUUUCUCUCUCCAUUUGUGAUUCAGUAGAUAUGUAUGGAUUCACUGUGGAUCCAGGUUAUAAGGAAUGGACUAGAUAUUUCUCUGAAUCUCGACAAGGCCAUACUCCUUUGCAUGGUCGGGCUUACUACCAGAUGAUGGAAUGUUUAGGACUCAUCAAAAUACAUUCCCCCAUGAGAGCUGAUCCAAAUCGUGUUGUAAAAUGGGUGCCCAGUCGUGGUACAAUUAGUGCUGCUAGAACAGCAUCUGAGAAAUUGUUAGGGAGGGUUGGAGCAGGGUCUGGAGAUCCACUGGCUGCUUGUUCAAUAAAAAAGAAGCGAGUUAAAGGGAGGUUUACUCCAGAAUCAGGGCUUAGAAAGGCCGCUGUUGACCACCAAAAGUUUGUCAAAGGCACGUCCAUGUAUCCUUUAGAGCACAGUCCUGGGCCUGGUCAACUUUGUAUAGUACCAAAUUGAUUGAAUACAUGGCAUCUGGACUUGAUGUUUUCACAGGCCAACCGGCUAAAAUCUUUUUUAUUGGUUCAUAUACAUCACACAAACCAGUUAAUUAGACAAAGGAAGAGACCUGUUCAUAUAUUCGAAGCAGCUGAAAUCAAUCAAGAUGUUUAUGAAAAUUUUGUUGGUCAGUUUUCCACAUGCUGUCUCAUGUUUUUAAGGUUAGAAUUUCCUUACUCAGGACAAAAUAUAGGUCAGAGCAAAAUUAGUUCUCUUACCCUCCUGGUUGUAACUCCACUAUUCUUUAUUGGGUUAAUGGCAGCGCAUUUAUAAUCCA